CACUAAAAUUAUUUCAACAGCUCAAGUUUGGUAACUGACCAUUAGUCUCCGUCAGACUCCGUUAACACUGUCAGUUAACUCUUGAUGUGGCUAACGAAAGUGUCUAAUCAGCAAAUUUUAAACCAAAAAUAAUAUAACCCAACCCGCCACAUCAGAAAUCCAAUGAACCAACUCAACCCCUCACCCAGUCUCAGUUCUUGACCAUUCCUCUCCUCUCCUCGGUUCCUCUUCCUAUUUCUUCAUUGCAAUUAAACUCGGCGAUGUUAUGGGUACGAAAGAUUGUUGAGACCCCUUCUUCUUCCCGUCUUUCUUCAUCGGAGCCUAGUCACUGGGAGUGGAUUUGCCGGCUAGAACUGAGAGUUCGUUGGAUUCGAGCCUUGGAGCUUUUAUCAUCCACUUCCUCCUGACGAGCAAUAAUUGGAACACGAGUGCUCCGACAGUUGAUUCUCCGGCGAUACAUUGUAGAAGGUCGUCGUCAAUAGGAAGAGAUUCGUAGGUCGCUCGUCGCUGCAACCAUGACAGGGGGACCGGUGGCCUAGCCGCCGUUGGGUUGGAGGAAUUUGGAAACUCUAUAUUUGCGUUCUUUCUCUUCUCUCUCCGAUUCGCCGUUGAGUGAGAAAGGAAGGCGGCUGAAGGAGUUGGUGACUAAGCAAGGGAAAGUGAAGUAGGGAUCUAUUUUGCAGUCCCGGAUCUUGGCGUUUGCAGGCCCUAGAGCUUUGAAAUUUUCAUUACAUCUAAAAAAUUGAUAAUUGUAAUCGGCCAUCUUCCCAAAUAAGAACACUGCCUUAACUCUUCUCGACACCACAAUCUUUUCUUCGAUCUUUAUGUGCUUCAUCUUCACCCCUUACCUAGGAAAAAUCGGGUUCAGUUUCUCCCUUCAGACCUUCCCUGCAUCGAACUCCCCCUUCUCCUUCGCCGUCCUUCAGGAAAUCUCCGAUUGCGAUAGAUGUUCAAGGAGCUCCAUCGAGUACUUGAACAUGAUGUCAUAUUGGAUCAGGGAGUGUCGGGGGACGACACAGAACAAGUGAAUCUUCUUUUCCGCAUCUUCACUUUUAUGUGCCCUGGCGAUGUCAUCACUGGUGGAAGGGUCAAAGAUGGCGGGGUUGGCAUAGGAAUUGGAGUAGGAGUGGAAGAGUUCACAGAGGUAGAAGUCGUCCGAAGUUCUCCUUGAGGAUGGGCUAGGACGGCGACAACUGGCGGCGGUAGAGGUGAAAGAAUGGCCUAGAAAGAAUCCUAUUCAUGUGCAGAAUAGAGUACAUGUUCGAUUCACGGUUGGGUUGUUUUUGGGUUUUUAUGACGUGGAGGGUUAUAAUUUUUUGGGGUUUAAAUUUUCUAAUUAUGCAUUUUCGUUAGUCACGUCAGUAGUUAACUGAUGGUGUUAACGGUGUCUGAUGGAGACUAAUGGCCAGUGACCAAACUUGGACCGUUGAACUAAUUUUAGUGACCAUGAUGGAAUAAAAUAAUCUUCGUGGUAAAUGUGAUUUUUUUAGUAAUUCUAGUGACCAAACUUGCAAUUUACCCGCUUUUUUAAAUAACGAGAUAAACAACGGACCAUAUAGGGGAGAAAUGGUUUGGUUGCCGCUAAACUUUCACAAUAAGGGUCGGGUACCCCUCAACAACCAUUAGGGCCUCGGAUACCAUCCAAGUCCAUAAGUCAUUAUCUCGUUCAACUUUUCCAUUAAGGUCACCAUCGGGGCAAAAAAAAAAAAAAACGGAACGGCCACCUCAGCGCUGAUUGGGUCCCACCUGGCUGUUGAGUAAUCUUUGGUGAAGAAAUUCCUGCCAAAAUUCUUAUGCUAGCUCCAUUAAAUUCUUAUGCAUGAGUUAAGCAUGGCAUCGUAAACGUGUUGUGUGAACAAAAUAAUACCAUAACAUGUUUGCUUCAAGAUGUUUAGGAGGUUCAUAUUCCUACCAAAAUAACACAUUCUAGGACAACAUGUGUUCGGCUCAGAAAAUGUACUUGGCUAAGAGUUUAAGGUGUAGCCACAUGAUUGGCUACUACCAAUGCCACAAACCAUUAAGCUAACAACCUACAUUACUGACACGCUACGACACAACACCAAACUGCGACCAAGUGUAAUCGCAGUCCAGGAAUGCAGUAAAGUGCCAAGUUCUAAUUAUCAACCCGGGGUCCAGAUCUACUGCCUACUCCGCGUAUAUCUGUUAUCUAGAAAACUAAGUCGAUUGAUCGUUAUUUUAACUAAAAGCAGUAAGAAAGCAGGAAUUGGUUCGGUUUUCUGAAGCAAGGAAGAGUCACUCGGGAAUGAGUCCCCCUAGCUCCUUAGUUAGGUCUCAGUUGUAAUUACCCUCGGUUGAUUUACUGUUGAUUAGACUGUGGAAGAUCCGACAGUAGCUUGGAAUCUCUUAAGCUGACCAAGCCCUCUCAGUCUAACUACCCGGCAGACGACUAGUCUUCACCGGGAUAGAAAGCUGAAGCAAUAAGCACAAAACUCCACUACUGGAAUUGGAUUCCAGUACAAAGCAGUAGACUGACUAACUCUCGUAUAGCCAAUCUACUACUACCGAAUGAAGAAGCUCUAACAACCUAAUCAAAUUCUAUCUAUCUCAGGUUGCAGCAGAAAUCAAGAAAAGCUGAUCAGACUUCAAUUAAUUCAAUGAAUCAUGCAUCAUUCGAUUAAAACCAAACAGUAUAGCAAUCCCAAGUCAUUACAAUCAUGAUCCCUAACACAUGGAACUAUGGUUCUUCAUACCCAAGUGAAAGAGGGUUCUACUCCAUAGAGAGAGAGAAAAACAGAAUACAAAGCAGUCAUACUCAUAACAAUGGGAAGAAUCUGCUCUGGGAUGAUGAUUUUCACUCCUAUGAUGAUCUCCAAGCUCGAUUUGAUGAAACCCAGCUCCAAGAUCGCUUCUAGGGUGAGUUCUUCGUACUUUCUCUCUCUAGGGCUCUGUUUUUGCUCUCAAAAGUCGAUCCCCUCACUUGUGGCUCGAAAUUGGGUUAAAACCCAGAAUUCCCGACUCACACGGGUAGGCCACACGGCCGUGUGGCUUACCCAGCUGCCCGUGUGAGUGUCAAAAUGCGGCGUUUCGAAUAAAUGAACUUCAGGCUACCUACAUGACCAGAGACACACGGCCCUGUGGAAUCUCCAGUAUGCCCGUGUGAAGCCUCGCCAAGUCCCACACGGCCACAUGGGUUGUUUACAUGGUCGUGUGGGUUUUAGGAGUGCCCGUGUGGCUUCCUCAGCGUCUCGCCACACGUCCGAUCUUCGUCCAAUCGACCUUGAACUCGCUCCCAAACCUUGAUUCACGUACUAGGACCUGAAAUAUCAAAAACAAGAACAACCUAGCGUGAAAUCGGUCUAAAACAUGAGAAUCAACAUCUCAAACGACUCAAGAAUAGGGUUAAAAACAUGUGUAUUUAACGGUCUAUCAAUUACAAAGAGCAGAACAGACCUAACAUCACAAAUUUCCUCCACGGGCUCCCUUUCCUCUUAUGCUGCAAUUUCCUCUUUGCGUCACAAAAGUUGCCCUUCCACUUCCUUGCCUAGCCUAGACUCGUUAGAAUACAGAAUUAACACACUGGGAGAAAUAAAUAAUAUUAAGAAAAAGAUAAUGUCACUAACCCAGAACCUGAGAUUAGGUGUCGUAGUAGAUGAAACAUUCACAGCUCUUUGACUCACACGAAACUACACCACAAAUUAAUUCCGAGUACAGCCCAAGUGUUUAGACUCUAGUCGGAUGCAGUAUAGAGCAAGUAUUUAAAUUGUCAACCCGGGCCGAUCCAUGCACCCCUACUUCAAUCGCUUAGGUUGUUAUCUAGCAAACAACUUUUGGGUUUAAAUCUAAUGAAACUACAAACUAAACAAGCAAAGAAAAGUAAAUAAAGGAAAAUUCUAACUAAGGGAGCUUCACCCAGGAGUUGCUUCCCCUAACUAGCUACCGUGACUCGAUGGAUUGAAACGAUUUCUAAGGGCAAGGUAACCGCGAACCGCAGAGGGAUGCAUAUAUGGUCGUAGACCACAAUCUCAAUUGCUAAACCGAGGUGAACAUUAUGGUCGUGUCACUCGGUCCUCUCAGUUUAGGCAAUCGGUAGUUGACUUACUCCGUCACUCAACUCAAGGGUCGGAUGGUUUAAUCUCGCUUAACCAAUUUGCUUAAUUCAACAUUGAGGUUUGCCCUGAAUUAACCUAGUUAGGUGGCUUAAAAAGCUAAAGAAAAACCAACUCGAUUGAGUCUCCCUUGGAAGGGGGAUUUUCCUCUCUAAGCUAGGUUAAAGUGGCUAAUUAGAUUGCAAAGCACCAACAUGCACAAACCUAAGGAUGCUUAGCACAAAACAUGCACAAUCCUUAGGUUGCUAAGCACAAGCAUGCACAAUCAACAUGAAUAAUACCUCAAUCAUUGGAUUAUACAAUACCCAUAAACAAUCAUUCAAUCUAAACAAGUAAUUACAAAGUAUUAGUUAGGGAUGUACAACACCCAAGAGAAAAGAGUGAGUUUCUAGAGAGAGAGAGAGAGAGAGGGAUUACAAAUUUGAGCUCAAGAUCUUCUUCUUCUUCUAGGCUUGAAUCUCCACCCAAGCCUCCAGUGAUGCUCCAAGAUUACUCUAGCACUCUCUCUCUCUCUCUCACUAGAACUCCUCUUUGGUGUUUUUAGGCAAACCCUAGAGAAAGAAACCAAUUCUUCUCCAAAAACCAGCUCCCUUUUCUCUCUCCCCACUGUUGUCUUCAUAUUUGCCCGAAAGCGAUCAGGUCACGCACUCGUUGGCCAGUUCGUGGCCGUGAACACCUAAACGCGUCCGUGAACUCAGUCGUCUCCAAAAGGCAGUGCCUUGUUUCCUGGUUUCACGGUCAAUGGCCACAGUUCACAGUCUUAGAGACCGUGAACUGCCUUGUCAUCAGUAACUUCAGGAACCUCGCUGGACGACUCGGUGUUCACGGUUUGUGGUCGAAGUUCACGGUCUUAGGCCUCGUCCGGCCGUGAACUGCGGUUGUUUCCUGGGACGCCUCCACUUCACUGUUACAAGGCAAUUGUCACGGUCUUCGGACUUUUCUUCGGUUUUUGCACUUUUUGACCUCCAAUUAUCCCAAAAUUCGACCUCGACCCUUCCACACGUGCUAGGACCUGAAAUGUAUUAAAACAAACACAACCUAUUGUGAAAUAUGUCGAGGAACAAUGAAAUACUAAGCUAAAUGAAUAAGAAAUGAGGGGUAAAAUGUAUACAUUGAGCCCAAAUCACUCUUUCAUUAUGCAACUGAUUCAAGGGACGAAAAAUACUAGUUUCCUAUACAAACCAAAAAACAAAACCAAGACCCUUAGGUAAAGGAAGACAAGAGACAACAAUGUUCAUUCACUUCAAAAUGCUCGAAAGUGAAGGAAAGACUGUUUACCCUUGAACUUACAAUAGUUCCAGAAUCAUGAAAAGGAGUGAUCAAAAGAAACGAGUUUCUGUUCUUGCUAGGUUCGAAUGCCUUCCUUCUUAUUUUUUGGUUGGUGUCAUUCCAGAAUACCAAACUUCAGCAGUGACUUCAACUACUGGUUGAGACUCCUUAGUUUCCCCUUAUGCUGGUUGUGAUCCUCUACCGACUCUACCUCCUAGUUGUGACCUUCCACCACCUCUAGCAUUGUUGGAAAAGGCUGGUUCAUUUUUAUCCUUAUGUGAACUCUUGUUGUGCCCCUUUCCACCACACACACUAUAGUUAAUUUUGCCCUUCUUAUUCAUUUGUUGGUUGUUACCCUUAUGUUUUUUGUGUUUUUUCUGUUGGCGCUUCAGUUCCUCCUCAAGACCCUUCCUGCUAUUUAUCCUAUGCCUACCCCUUCUUGACUUUACAUAUGUACUAACAUAGGGCAGGAAAACAUGAUCUUGAUUGGCAUCUCGCCAUGAUUCAGGCCGAACCAUAGGUGACAAUGUGUAGUUGUAAGUACUAAUGUAGGUUGUCACUUCAUAGCACUUAUAAACAUAUUUUUCAACCUUUUGUCGCUAAAAAAUAUGCAACAAACAGCUUGUGGAAAAGGAAUUCCCAUCAGCUGCCAUUUCCUACAUGUGCAAGUGUGUUUUUCAAGUUGACCAUGACUUGCCCUUCACGAAAGCUAACCUCAAAUGAAUUAGCACCACAUGACAGUGCUCCACAUCCAAACCUAGCCUCCUUAGUCGCAUUUAUUUUCUUUAGGAUUUUUUGGCAGAAUUGACCCUUGAAGUUAUUCACAACAUACUCUUUUUUCCUGUUAAACCUAACCAGCAAUUAACAACGAAUUGUCUCGAACAUGUUAAUAAUUGGCUUCACCCUAGAUCCUAAAAUUGACCUAUUCCACAACUCAUUUGUCUCAACGAAUAUGGUGACCCCGGAUGGCUUUGUUACAUCUCAACACAUUAUUCAAGCAGUUGAACAUACUAAUCUUCUGCCUUCCCUCGUACCAAAGUCAUCGCAUACUCUUGUGCCUUCCUUGCUCUCCAUCUCGACGCUCUGUAGCGAAAAUCUUCUUCCACCGUCUAUAUGCUAUUGAGUCAUUACCCCAUUUAGGAUCUAAUUCAAACCUCAGAAAAUACUUCCUAGCAAUGAACUUGUAAGUGAACCAUUUGUUUCGAGAUAACGGAACACAUCCUUCGUAUUUCAGAUUGCAUGCUUUGAUAUAAACUCUUGUCCCAACUUGAGAAGGAGAUGCCCAAAUAUUACAAGCACAAUUCUUAUCAUAGAAAACAUGAACUCUUGUCGGAUCACUAUGGACAAACCUAAAAGGUAACUUGUUCCUGAUUGAAUAACAUAUCACAGCAUCCUUGAAGGUCUUCAAGUCCCUAAAUAUUUGCUCCCGACAUGUGACCAUCAGAACCACCCAAUCCAUCAAUCUCUGACCUGACAACUGGAUCAACCUUCAUAUUGGUUGCCGAUUUGGUUACCUUCGUUGCCACUUUCUUGAUGAUAUACAUCUCUAUGAAUUUUCUCCCUUCGAUCACCAUUUUGCACAUAGUUAGCAAGUCUUGAUCACCCUUUAACUCCACCAUCCCUUCCUUCAUACUCUGUCCCUUCGCUCUAUUGGAGUAAGAAUAGUUAUUCUUAACCCAAAACUAUUCUACGUUUUUAGACUUAAUUUGCUCUAGAUAUCCUACGUCAUAUAGAAAACCAUCUAACUCUAAGAUUGACAUCAAAUCAAGGUCAACCCAAUCCCAUUGGUGAACUUUUCCUCCAAAUUAAUAGCCAAUGUCGUCUAAUAUAUAAUUCAUAUGUCC